GUCACGCGCACCCGGGAUUAACCUGUUUUUUUAAUGUCGCCGCAUCCAUCCUAUAUUGUAGCCGAUCGCGCUGUUGGGAGUGGAUUAGCGCUAUGAAGUGACGUUUGGACCUCGGCGAGCCUUACGUAACUUUACGUCGCCUGGAGAAGGUUCUGGAAGCGCGCGACGCGGUGUACGGAUGAGGCGCGUGUCCUGUCACGCAGAUGGGGGCCGACGGCAGCAAGAAGCGGCCCGCUGACGCUCGGGAGGACGAACACCUGCCGUCGGGAUGGCGUGGCUUCCUGUCCAGCGUGGGUCUGUCACUCCCCGCCACCAUCUGCCGCCUGGCCCCACCCGCCCUGCGCCUAGGUCGACGGCGAAUGCUUCAAGCCAAGGCGCCCGACAUCCCCGAGCACGUGCUGAGGUUGGCCGGGGUCGGCCCGGACAAACUGCGGGCUGAGUGGAGCCUGCCGGGAUUCGUCGCCAUGUUCCUGCCCGAGUUCCCCCACAGGGCUGUGCCUGGACAGGAACACUUUCAGGUGUUGGGUUACAUCGCCAAAGGUUCUUUUGGACCCAUUCUGAAGGUGAAGGACAAAACCAAACAAAAGACGUAUGCUGUCAAGGUGAUACCGAAAUCUGAGAUCCUCAGACUGGGCGUCUUGGAGCAGUCCAAAGAGGAGGUCAUAGUUCAGCGUCAGAUUCAUCACCCAUUUGUCCAUGACCUCCAGGACUGUUGGCAGACACAGCGCCACCUCUACAUUAUGUGCGACUACUGCGGCACCGGGGACCUGUACACCUACUGGCAGAUGAUUGGACACUUUGCAGAGGACACGGUGCGAGUGUUUGCGGCCGAGCUGGGCUGUGCGCUAGGGUUUCUUCACGACUUUGGAAUCAUCCACAGAGAUGUGAAGAUGGAGAAUAUCCUGCUGACAGAUGAUGGUCACCUCCGCCUGGCUGACUUUGGUCUGUCCCGUCGCCUGGAGCGAGGAGGACGAGCUUUUACCAUUUGUGGCACCAUCCAAUACAUGGGUGAGGCCCCCGAGGUGCUGAGUGGCGGCCCUUACAACCACGCGGCUGAUUGGUGGUCACUGGGAAUCCUCCUCUUCUCACUGGCUACCGGCAAGUUCCCCGUGCCUCCAGAACCGGACCACUGUGGAAUGCUGAGGAGGGUGAGGUCCUUCCCCUACGAGAUGCCCCUCAGCCUGAGCCCCCCUUUGGCCAUGCUCAUCACUGAGCUGCUGUGCAAAACGCCCGCCCGCCGACUUCGGACCCUGGAUCGCUUCCAGCGCCAAACCUUCUUCCGCGGGCUGAGUUUUGACCAAAGCCUGCUGCAGCGCCACCCCGUGGAGGUGAUUCUGGAGCUGAGGGAGCGACCGGAUCGUGCAGCCAAAGCUCGCAGAGGCCUGACUCUGUCACUGCAGCCGCUCAAAGGCUUCGAUUACGACUCGCUGCUCAGCCCGCCGUGCACACCUGACGCGCAUCCGGACCAGGACGUACAAAUUCAAGCAGCGCUAUCAUUGCAGUGUGCUCAGCAACAAGGUCCACGCAGGGAGGUGUUUGUGUGAUGUAAGCAGGACGGAUCAGCUCACUUUGGUAUGGUACCAAUUUUUUUAAAGUUUUUAUUGAAAGAGGACGUGAAGGGGACCAAAACAACACUUUUUGGUACUCUACCUAGUAUGAGGGUAGGGCGACGCUAAAGCCACAUGUCAAGAAGAAAAAUGGCCUCCAUUGUUGUCCCCUGUUUACCGUGUGGCCUUCCUCUUCUUUGUUGGCGCCUUACACUGCCGCGACUUCAUGCCUCAACACACAAGACACAUCAGGAUUAACACUUCCAAACCGUACCGAGGUGAGCUGAACUGGACCUGACCGCUUCUGUGGCUUUGGCUGUGUCCCAAUUCAGGGUCCCAACCCUUCUGGAGGACCCAGCCUUGCCACCCUUGUUAAAUGGGCCGGUCUCACCUGAUGGAGACUUCCUGGUUGCGUCACGAUGCUUGGUGGCUACAUGUCAGCAUGACUAACAUCCCACAUUCCUUCUUUCUGCUCUGUGCCGCCAUAUUGAAGCGUUUUUUUAGGACUGAGCAGAGAAGCGGAAGAUACAGUAUCUCAUACGGUCCCCACACAGGGAAAUGCACAGCAACGUCCAAGCAUUCCAAACAUUAUUACAAUUUUUAAAAUAUUAUACGAUAAGAAAUCAUUUAUUACAAAAAAUAAUAAUAAUCUAAAAGAAAAAGAACAUGUACCUUUUAAUUCCAACAACUUUCUUCUCGUCAUCCCGCUGAUGUAUUGAAAGACUGGUAUCUCAGGUCGGGCUCCGCUGGUAGCCUGGCUAACUUCCUGGUAGCCUGGCUAACAUCCUGGUAGCCUGGCCAACAUUCUGGUGGCAUGGCUAACGUCCUGGUAGCCUGGCCAACGUCCUGGUAGCCUAGCCAACGUCCUUGUGACCUGGCCAAUGUCCUGGUUGCCAGGCCAAAGGCCAGCUUCCUGGUUGCCAGGCCAAAGGCCAGCUUCCUGGUUGCCUGGACAACUUCCUGGUUGCCUGGCCAACGUCCUGGUUGCUUGGCUAACACCCUGGUAGCCUGGCCAACUUCCUGGCAGCCUGGCCAACUUCCUGGUAGCCUGGCCAACGCCGUGGUUGCCUGGCCAACUUCCUGGUAGCCUGGCCAACUUCCUUGUGACCUUGCCAACAUCCUGGUUUCCUGGCCAAAGACCAACUUCGUGGUAGCCUGCCCAAUGUCCUGGUAGCCUGGCCAACUUUCUGGUGGCCUGCCCAACGUCCCGGUGGCCUGGCCAACGUCCUGGUUGCCUGGCCAAAGUCCUGGUGGCCUGAAUACCAGCAGUGUUUAUGUGAUUGCAGCAUUUUUCAUUUGCAGCAUUAUCCUGUGUUUUAUGGCAUGUGUGUGUGUUUUUGGUGUUGGAUUAUUUCUGUGUUUGGAACAUUUGGACGUUGCUGCACGUUCGCCCCUGUCGGCCACCAUAGGACAUGGUGUUGUGUAAAAGGGAUGACUUUAUUUAUGACAAAGCACUAUUUUUAUCUACUUGUAUUUUUGUUUUGUACUGAGCACAACCUUUUUCUUUGUUUGCCUUUUCACCCCAAAACAGCACCUUUCCAUACCUCAUGUGUUUGCUGGCUUGUGCAAGAAGAGGAAAGAUAACACUAUUGUGCUUCUUUUCAGUGACAAUGGCAACAGUUAUCAACUUGGACACACAAAGAAAGGUCACUCUCGACGAAAACAAUACUUCAUUUUUUGUCGUUCUUCUGCAAGAACCCCGUUUUGCUGACUGCUUUACUGAGACGUUUACUUUAUAAUUUUAUAUAAUGUUUAUAAAGGCACCCACUACUUCUCUUCCUGUAUACGAAUAAUAAUGUGUACAUCUUCUACAUCCUCCUUUAUUUGUCCAUCUUUUAUCACCAGCGACUCAGGGGAGCAUUCAGCAGGUUUUCUUUACUGGCACAUAGACCUACACACUAUAGAUGUACACACAGGGCUUUUUCUAAUGCACUUACCUGGUCAUCAGAGAACAACAUGUCCCAAUGUACCCGAAUGCCUCACCAGUGAUCCUGACUUUGUUUUGUUAUGAGGAUGCUGCUUUAUUGAAGACAAAAAUCCUCUUUAUACAAUUUCUAUGAGUAUUUUGGCUGCCAUGUGAUGUUACCUGUCAUGUUGUAUUUUUGUAUCUGCCCGUAGCACCGAUGGAACAUUAAAGCUGAAAUCUUCCUGCA